AUGUUCACACAAACUCGCCCUGGAGAUCCAACCAUCCCUAGCAACCUUGCGACCUCCAUCGUUCGACUAGACAGUCUUUUUCGAAGUACGCCCGCAUUUUCUACCCAACGCUGGGCCAGCAGUCCCUUGACCAGGUUCAUCGAGCCAUACAUUCGCACGCCAUCUGGGUACGGAUUCUUCCUCAACUCAAAGGUCAGGAAUGCCUUGCAUGACAUCCUCAAGGACUGGGGCGGACUUCUCCGCACUACAGAAUUAGCAGCUGUCUUAACCGACAAGCCUAAUGGCUGGUUCAGCCCCGAUGCUCUUUCCAACAUGCGCGAUUUCGAGAAAACCUUCAUAUGCGACCCCAGCAAUCCCCACUGGGGGUUUGAUUCAUAG